GGUUUACUGCGCCUCGGUUGACAUUGUUGUUGUUGUGGGAGUAAGAAUGUAACUACUUUAUGUUUAAGUCCGUUUAGGCGCUGGAAACAAGUGCAACUUUUGGAUUAAAGCGGCGCGGAGGGAGCAGGAGAGCCGGCGGCGGUGCUCUGCUGGGCGGGGAGGGCUGGGAUGGGCCGGUGAGGGAGAAACUGGAGCUCCGAGGCCGCUGAAGCUCGAGCUGAAGGUGUGGUGGUACCAGUGGUGGUAUUCCGAGGGGGACUUGCUCUCCUGUGUUUUCCGCUGCCCUGAUGUCCCCCUGCAACGCUGUUGCUUCAUGAUCACAUGACCUUGGAUAUGGACGCAGUCCUGUCCGACUUUGUCCGCUCUACAGGAGCCGAACCUGGACUGGCCAGAGACCUGCUGGAGGGUAAGAACUGGGAUCUGACCGCUGCACUGAGCGACUUCGAGCAGCUGAGACAGGUGCAUGCUGGGAGCCUAUCCUACACAUUUCAGGAGGAGAGGGAGCAGGCCAUGCUGGAGAAAGACAUGGCCAGGGUGGGCCGGCCUCUCCUGCACCGACAGGACGAAGUGGUGCAAGCCACAGAGAAGCGACUAUCACGAGGGAUCUCUCACGCCAGUUCCACAAUAGUGUCGCUGGCCCGCUCUCACGUAUCCAGUACAGGCAGCAGCGGCAACACAGAGCCGCUCCUGGACACGCCCCUCUGCACCUUCCAGCUGCCUGACCUCACCGUCUACCGGGACGACUUCCGCAGCUUCAUCGAGCGGGACCUCAUUGAGCAGUCCAUGAUGGUGGCACUAGAGCACGCCGGUCGGUUAAACUGGUGGACGAAGUUGGGGUCUGGCUAUCAGAGCUUGCUGCCUUUGGCUACUAGUGGAGACGGAAACUGUCUCCUCCAUGCUGCCUCUUUAGGUAUGUGGGGCUUCCAUGACCGUGACCUGAUGCUGAGGAAGUCUCUGUACGCGCUGAUGGAUCACGGCCAGGAGAGGGAGGCACUGAAGCGCAGGUGGAGGUGGCAGCAGACCAUGCAGAACAAAGAGUCGGGGCUGGUCUACACUGAGGAGGAGUGGCAGAAGGAGUGGAAUGAGCUGUUAAAGCUGGCAUCCAGUGAGCCCAGGAUACACUACAGCACUAAUGGCACCAACGGGGCGGAGUCACAGGAGGAGCCGGUGUACGAGAGUUUAGAGGAGUUCCACGUCUUCGUGCUGGCUCAUGUUCUCCGCAGACCUAUAGUGGUGGUGGCCGACACCAUGCUGAGAGACUCUGGAGGAGAGGCUUUUGCCCCAAUUCCGUUUGGUGGGAUUUAUCUCCCGCUGGAGGUCCCGGCUAACAAGUGUCACCGCUCGCCUCUGGUGCUCGCCUAUGACCAGGCGCAUUUCUCUGCCCUGGUUUCAAUGGAGCAGAAGGACAGCUCUAAAGAGCAAGUGGUGAUUCCUCUGACUGACUCGGAUCAUAAGAUGCUGCCUGUGCACUUUGCUGUGGAUCCAGGGAAGGACUGGGAGUGGGGUAAAGACGACGCAGACAAUGUGAUGCUUGCCAGUGUUACUUUAUCUCUGGAGGCAAAGCUCCACCUGCUGCACACCUACAUGAAUGUGACGUGGCUUCCUCUGCCCUGUGAGGUACAGCAGGCGCCUCUCGCCCAACCCGAGUCUCCAACUGCCUCAGCGGGGGAAGACACACGAACGCCGCCAGACUCCGGAGAGUCGGAUAAGGAGUCUGUGAGCAGCAGCUCGAACGGCAACGGGGACAGCAGCACCACGGCCAGCGGAGGAGCAACGAAAUCGGGGGGUGGAUCCUCCAGCACAUCCAGCUCAUCGAGCAACAGCUCUGCAGGAGCGACUGGGACAAUGGGCAAGGAGAAGAAGGACAAGAAGGACAAAGACAAGGACAAAGACAAGAAGCGGGCGGAUUCUGUGGCCAACAAGCUGGGGAGCUUUGGCAAGAGCUUAGGCAGCAAGCUUAAGAAAAAUGUAGGAGGUUUGAUGACCGGCAAGGCAGCAGCAGGCAACGGGGGCAAGACUGCUGAUGGCACGGAGAAGAAGAAGGGGUCUCUGCGGGGCCGCAAAGGCAGCAAGGAUGGUUCGCCCUCCAUCCAGACCGGUUCUGAGGACUCGGGGAAAGGCUCGCCGUCUUCCGGGAGCGAGCGGCAGAACGGCAACAGCAGCUCGUCCGAGAGCGAUCCGUACAAGUACAGCUCAGACGUGAAGGUGAGCCUGAGCAUCCUUCGGGCAGCCAUGCAGGGCGAGAGGAGGUACAUUUUUGCUGGGCUUCUGACCACCAGCAACCGGCAGCCGUACCAAGAGGAGAUGAUCCAGAGGUACCUGGCUGAUGCAGAGGAGCGUUUCCGGGCAGAGCAGGAGCAGAGGAGGGAGGCCGAGCGCAAGUCUGUAGUGACGAAUGGGGUACAACUCAAGAAAGAGCCGUCGGAUUUGGGCUACCGGAGCUUUGAGAGUAAGGAGGAUGUGACAGACGGAGCGCCACCCACUUUCAAAUCGGCCACUUUCAACCCAUCUAUGUAUUCAGGCGUGGUUCCCAUCCCCAGACCGACGUUCAUCGACCAGUCUCCCGCACCCCUCAGCCAGCACCUCCACAUGCACGGCGGGUACAUCGAUGCACGACGUCAGCUGGCAGGCGGCUCACCCUCCAUCUACCCUGGUCUGCCGUCCUACGCCACCCUGCCUCGCCACUGCCCGCUGGCCCAAGGCCCUCCCCACCCCCAGUAUCACCCACCUCCCCCCUCUGCCACAGUGGUCAGCCCGUCUCGUGUCACCCCCUGCUUCGCGGCAUACGCCCAAGAGCAGGAGCCGCCUGACUUUUUGAGCAACUCGCAAAGCGGAGGCUACGCCAACGGCCCCAGAGACAUUUCCCAUUGCAAUUUGGAUAGUCGCAGCGGGCCGGCGCCAGUCAGGCACUAUUCGCUGGGCAGCGCAGCCGGGUUGGGUAGCUUGCAGUCAACCCGCUGCCGGACGCCCACCUGCAACUACUACGGACACCCAGAAACCUGCAACUACUGCUCGUACUGCUACAGGGAGGAGCUGAAGAGGAGGGAAACAGAGCCGGCCAUACACAGGUUCUAAAAGGAACUUGGCUUCUUCUUGCUUGACUGGCUUUUUGAAGGUGCCCUCUUCUCCACUGGAGCUUCAGCACCUCCUGCCCUGUCUUGGAGGACCUCUCUUCAGACAUUAGUAGGGGUCCCUCCUUUGUCAGCUAGAGGGACGCUGUUCAGCCAUUCUCAAGCACGGAAUAAAGGCUGCUGACGUAAACCGGGGUCUCCGUACCUCUUGUUACAUUUGCAGUGGAUUUUAGGCAGGAGCUCGAUGCAGGCGCUGUCGCCUUUGUUUGUUGUUUUCCGUGCAUUGUUGUCGCUGUCGUCGUCGCCGUCUUCGUACACAGGCUGAUGUACGGAGCGAUCGAUUUGAUCGGGGCGUUAAUAUGCUGCCAUGCAUUGCGUAAACAUACCGCAUACAAAUGCAAAACCCCUCCCACACACACAUUAACAUCAAGCACAGCCAGAUGCACAUUUGUACAGCUUGUACAGCUCGUACUGAUACUGAUCCAUACGUGGAAUGUCUUUGAGGGAGACGAGUACGGUUUUGACACGUUUUGACCCAAGUUAAGGAAGGUGUUUGCCAUACUAAAAUAAAUUAAUUAAUUUGUACACUAAAGCGUACACGUCAGCACAUUAGAACUGUUACUUUUACAGCGCUAGCAGUCAUGUCGGGUUGCUUAGAACUCCAUACCCAGAUAACACAGUAGUGCUUUAGACCUGACCCCAUUCUCUCAAGCCAUGUCCUGACCUUUUUUUUUUUUUCUUUUCUUUUCUUUUGCUUUUCCCCUCCCUUCCUCCUUCACAUGACUCGGUGCUCUUUUGCUCGUCUCGUAACCUUCAGAAGAUUCUCCGUGUCUAGCUGAAAUCUUUAAGGAGCAAAACCUUGUCAACCAAAGGUUUUACUGUAUAGUACAAGUCACUACAAGUAACGGACAUGUUUGUUAAUAUCGCUUUUACGUGAAGUUUUGCAGUGGUGAUUUUUUUUCAGGUGAAAAAAGCAGAACUAGUGGACGCAGCGAAUGCAUUUUUUACAUUGAAGAGAGAGAGAGAGAGAGAGAGAGAUGCUGAUACGUAAGAAAAGCUAACCAAGUGCCCCGACGUGGAGCUUUAAGGGGCAGGGGGUUGGGUUUAUGUUAUGAGGAAACAAGGUUCGGGGGUAAACAAGCUACUUACUGUUCGAUUACUACUCACGUACGAUUUUAUUUAGGCUAAUUUCAGGUUUAACCCUGAUUUAACGCCUUGGAUCCCAAGUCAGUACUAACUUAAUUCUUAAUUUGAACUCAAAGUUGAUAAGACUAAGCUCCUUGUACCUUGUAUUUUGCUUUGCCUGUUAAAAAGGUAAAAAAUAUGGAAGCAUUUCCUGUUAAUAUGUGCUGUUAAUAAGUGAUGGCGACACUAUUUUAGUCUAGUUUUCGGAAAGCGUUUAGCCUGCUGUAGUAGGUCGUUGUAACCCAGUUGUUUGUCCUAAUCAACUAAAGUACUGUUGAUUUGAUUGGUCAUCCAAAUUUUCAUUUCGAAUUCUCUGAAAGAAGCAAUAUAUAGCAACUAGAUAUAUAUAUAACUAGAUAUGCUGUUUCCCCCUUCCUGAGUACUAAAGAUGGGUCAGUGGACUUUUCUCUGCACAAAGUCAAGCACUUUUCUAAUGUCCAGAGGUUGAGUGUGUUUGCGUGCUUUUUCUUAUGUUUGUGUUUUUGGUGUGAUGAUGAUGAUGAUGAUGAGGAUUAUGAUGAGGAGAACUAUGACGAUGAUGAUGGCGAUAUUAGACUGUUCUGCCGCUGUCUGGUUGUCAGACGGUGGCUUUGGUUCCACAGUUGGAGGCACAGUUGGAAACUCCACGGCAGAGUAAAUUUAGCUCUAAUCGUGGACUUUUCUCGGCUUUAGGUGCCACUGUGUUGCGCUCAACCUUGCUGUUUCCUAGUUGCCUUUUUUCAGUCUUGGUCCAGUCCUGCAGAUUGUUAAACAGAAACUCAAGUCCGUUUUUUUCCAUUUUUACCUUUUCUUAUAGUUUUUUUCGUUUGUUUUUGGCCGUUAAUGCACUGGUUAUACAGGUCAAGCGAUGGGACUGUCUUUGUUUGUAAGUUGCAUGAAGCCAAGUACAUUAAAUACUGCUUUUACUACAUAAGCGAACGUCGGAAAUUCUCUCUAUUGGAAGCAGAUGUGGUGUCCGUUAUUUCAGAGCGGCUGGGUUUUAUGUUACGUGAGCACUUGUUGCCGUAUCCCAUACCAAGGAAUCACUGCUACAGUGGAUGAUUACACAUCUUUAUAUAGUUCACAUUUGAGUCAGUUAAGUCACAUUAACUUAGUUACAAAAAAACGGUGUUUAUAGGAAUAUUCACACCAGUUAUUCUGAAUAUUUCAGUGUUUUCCAACCAAUUUUGUCUGUCUGCCACAUCUGUAUUGUGCUGUUCGGUUGACUACUAAGUAAAAAGUAAUCAGAAUCAGUAGAAAAUAGGGGUGGGAUCACAUCUGAUCACAUGAUACCUUGCCCACAAUAAAGAUUAUAUAAUGAUACUGUGAUACUCGAUAUGUCACAAUACAAUUCUCUACAAUACUUCACAGCUUCUGUGUCACUGGAGAAGAUAAAAUACACCUAAAUAAGCAUGGAAAUACCAGGAAUUAUAGAUUUAUUGGUGUCAAUCAAUAUUGAAAAAGGUUGUUUCUCUGUAACACACACUGAUAGCUUUUCCAAGUCUCAAUGUUGUAAAAUGGUCAUAAACUGACAUAUAUAUUACGAGUUCUGCUGCUGUUAAAAUGUCUAGGUAGAACAUACACUACACUACUCUAAAAUCUUUUCAAAGUGUGUAACUGUGUGUAAAAAUCUAUUAAAACAAAAAUACAUUAAAACAAAAAAAUAUAAUAUCAAUAUUUUACGCCAGGUAUCGAUAACCUAUCACAAACAAAUAUAUCAAACGAUAUAUCACCGUAUCAAUAUAUUGUCCCACCCCUAGUAGAACCCAGGGCACAGUUGAGUUGUUUUUACUCUAAGGGUGUACUUGUACAAGGCAAUGACUGACAAUUGUGCCAUGCCCGGGCACAAUUACCCCCCCUAAAGCACGUCUCGAUUGACUAAUGUGAUCUCUCUGAACUGUGACUGGGUUGCCAGUUGUAGAAGUGGGCCAGAGUACGGUUUAUUUGGGCUCGAGCACGGUACACAGACAGUGUGAGCACUAUCCGUGCCUGAGCACAAAACAAGAUGAUGUCAGUGAUGCGAUGUUCCUGUAAACAAACAUUGUAGUGUUGUGGUGAAUUCAGCACCUCCGCCAUGAAAAGCACCCUCUCUCGGGAGUGCCUGCGCACUGUUUUCUUGAUAAAAGCAAAGAUAAUCCGCUUUAUCUCUAUUUGAAAAUACAAACCAAAAGUUGCCGUUAUCUCGAUCACGGUUACAUACAUAACGACAUAGCACGCGCUCUCGAGAAGGGGCAGAUUUUCCUAACAGCAGUGCUAAUUUCUAGUAAUGUAACUGUGAUUGAGAUAACCAUGAUUUUUGUUGCGUAUUUUGAAGUAAAGAUAAAGCGGAUUAUCUCUGCUAUUAUCAAGAAGACUGUGUGUACGUGCUCCCAAGAGAAGGCGCUUUUCAUGGCGGGGGUGCUGAAUUCGCCACAACUUCGGCAAGCCCCCUGAGCAGUGAGUAAUGGCGAAGCAUGCUCGGGCCCGGAUUGUUCAAAUGUAGUGUGAGUGCAGGCCAGUGGGGGGUGGGGAUUCAACCGAACCAUGCCUAGUGUGAUUACACCCUAAAAAAAUGCUACAAACAGGUGCUACAAAUGUUUUUUUUGAACGAUGCCAUAGUAAAUAAAAACUCUUCUGCUUCCAUUAAACAUCAAGAACCAAUAUUGUCAAAGAAAUGUGUCUUAAAGCUCUAAAGAUUUCAAGAAGCUUAAUUUGAUACAAAAUUAAACUAAAUUAUCUCUAUUACACGAUAUUAGUUAUUUACCAAAGAACCAAAUUUGUUUUUUUCUAUGGCAGAGAGUCAUCAAAUCUGAACUUUGAAUCAAAUUUCCAUUCCUGGAUUAUUUUGUAAAUGCUGUAAAUGAAGGGAACAGCUGAUGUAAUUGAUUGGUCAUUCACUGCCAUACCUACCAAGAGUGUAAACUGGAUUUAAUAUCAGGAUUUGAGGACUUUUUUUUUUAUUGCAUUGCUCAAAGAAACAUUUAGAAAAUCUUCUUUUUUUUAAGAACUUAGAUUAGGCCUGUCACAAUAAUUACAUUUACAUUGAUUACAUUGAACAAUAUUGGUAUAUGGACAUAACUGCAAUAAUUAUAAAUAACCUCAAUACUUUCCAUUACGCUUUUCUUAGGGAAGAGAAUCAAUUCAUAUGAAUGGGACGAUAUGUCAACUUUGAUUAUAAACAGCUGUUUUAUUUUAGUUAUUUAUUUCAGAUAUUUAAACAUGUUUAUGUUACAGUUUUUAAGUUUCACUGAUCUUUAAAAGGCUGUAAUCAUAUUAUUAUGCUGACUGAUAUCAUUUAUCACAGUUAUUUUAACAUCCUGAGACCUGGACUUUUGUCUGGUGUGCAUUUUUAAUUUUUCAUAGAUAUUUGGGAUUAGUAGGCCCUAACAAGUAUAAAAACUAAACUUUGUUUUUUUUUUUUUUUUAAAUAACAUCUAUUUCAAAGACAGUGUCGUCACAUGCAAACCAUAGUUUAACAUUUGAAAAAUUAACCUGUGGAUUCAGAUGAACUCAGUUAGUCCAAAAAACAACUUUUUGCUUUCUGGAGUAAGAAAAUAAACUAGUUUCAAUGAGAAUUUUUACCUGGCCCAUGUUUCUGUCUGGACUGGCUGUAGAAACUACUGAUUGGGAUUCCCAUCAUCUUGUUUUCUGUCAAUUGAGUGUAAUGUUGUCAUAUGACCACUAGAUGCUAUAGACAGUGUCUCCGUAUGAGGCCAAAGGGUCAAAGAUUAAAAAUUAAGUAUCAUGGUGCAGAGAAACAGAAAUAUAGUGUCCACAUAUGAGGACACAAGGUCUCAAAAAGUUAUGCACUUAUUUUAUCGUCCAAUCAGAAUAGUUAUUGUGACAGGCCCAGCGUAGAUGGACAUUAUAGGUUGAAAAACCUAUAAUAAAAUUUUCACUCAAGCGUAACUCUAAUCCGUAUUAUAUCAGAUGGUUUUCGAUGAUUUGAACCUGUGGGAUUGAUUGAUUCUGUAUACUUUAGUUUAGGCUGUGUACUGUACAGUUUGUUAUGUAGUCUGCUGUACUGAAUAGUACAUCAAUUUACUCAAAAACGACGCAUUCAUCCUACACCACACUUAGUUAAAGCACAUUUCUUUUAAUUAACCAGUUUGCAGCUAAAAAUGUUUCCGCUCUGUUAGAAUCUGUUUACUGACAAAGUAUUAAAAUACCUCUUGAUACAGUAUACUGUAUUUAGCAUUUUAGCAUCUGUUACAGUUUAAACGUUACUGUUCUAGUGUCUUGUUUCAGUGGGAUGCUUUAAUCUGUUUCAUACAGCUCACAGUCUAAAGCUAGGGUUUGCCCAAUUGAUUGUUUGCCUCUACAGACAAAAAACAUA